GGUGCGAACGGCGCCCUUGGGGGCGUGCGGCGGGGGCGCGCAGAGGGUGGGAAGUGAGACCCCCUAGGUGGGGAGAGGAACAGCGAGUCUUGGGGCACCGGGGAAGAGACGCUGCGAGGAGGGCGAGGGGCAGGCCUAGGGGUGCGGGACAAUGAGCAGGCGAGACGGGACCCCGGGCUGCGAAGGAGCCAGGCGGGGGUGGGAGUGCUGCGAAAUGGGAGCCCAGCGUGUGGGACGGCAGCUCGGAGUUCGAGGGGAGCGAAUAGUGUGCGCUGGGAAGGGGCAGGGGGAAAAGUAAAUGGACCCCGGGUGGAGGAUGAGAGGGGCAGACCUGAGCCGGAGGGGAGGGGGGUUGACGGGCGAAACACAAAGCGAAAGGUACGCCGCUAAGUGGGGGGCGGGGGUCGUCGCGUAAGGUGUAGUAAAGAGAAAUAGAGAAGACUGAGGGGCUGUGAUGAGAUUCCUCCCAUUUAAGAAGAGGCAGACAGAGAAGAGCAGUUGACCAGAAGUGGCCCCUGGCCAGUGACCGGCAAGAUGGGCAUGAGGAUCAAGCUGCAGGGGGCUGAGCACCCGACCAACCUUCUCAAAGAGCUGAACCGGUGCCGCUUGUCCGAGUCCAUGUGUGACGUGGUGCUGGUUGUAGGGACCCGGACCUUUGCGGCCCAUAAAGUGGUGUUGGCCUGCGCUGCCACCUACUUUCAGACGCUCUUCCGGCAGCCCGCCGCCGACGGACUGCGAACCUGCGCCGUGGACUUUGUUUCUCCGACCAACUUUGAAAAGAUCCUGACCUUCAUCUACACGGCAGAGCUCUUCACGGACCUCAUCAACGUGGGGGUCAUUUAUGAUGUGGCCGAGCGGCUGGGCGUGCGAGAGCUCAUUAGGGCCUGUCAUGCCACCUUCCCGGACCUGGAGGCCAGCGCCAGCCACAAGACUCCGUUUCAGAACCAUGCUGCCACCUCGUGCUCUGCUGCUGCCGACGAGAGCUGCAACGGGGGCACGGUGCUGCCUGCCACAUUGACAGUCUUAAACCCUGCUGUGUCCUCGGCCACUGCCACCCAGGUAAACGCUGCAGACAAGGACAAGAAUAUGGCGAUGGACAAGUCCAGCCAUACUGUGUCUACUCCAUUACCGUUGGCCCCCACCAAGAAGGAGGACCAGGACUCUGCGGGGGGCUACAGUCACACUUCGGGUAGCCUGGCCAGCUUACAACAGUGCCCGAAAACACCACCCGCCGUGAGUGCUGCUUUGGUGGACAGUGCCCACAGCCUGUCUGCACCCACUCCACAAAGUGCCCCUUCUGCUCAGCAACCCUUCAAAACUGAGGAGGAGGCAGGGCCAGGGGGUGCCCAGCUGGGCCUCUGCAUAUCUGAGGCAUACACUGCAGAGGUUGCUGACCCUGGCAUGGCAGCCAGCACUGGGGAUAGUGGCAAGGAGGGACUGUCCCCUGACCCCCCACCCAUGGAUCUUCUUCGCUUUGAUGGGUGCUAUGAGGAUGGGGAGCUGUAUUACGAUGAAAACUCGGAGGAGAACGUUGGCCCCCCUGGGGAGGUCAUCGAACUGAGUGACGAUGACAGCGAAGAUGAUUUGGUCUACAUCGAGAAUGGCCGGCACGGGGGUGGCCAAGUAAGGACCACACCCUGUAAAGUAUGCGGCAAGGUCCUGGAGCCGAAUAUCAACAUCAUCCGGGAGCAUGGGGAGAGCCACCUCGAUGAGGUGGGCACCUGUCGGGUCUGUGGUGCCAAGUUCCCUGACCGGGCCUCACGUGUCACCCAUGUCCUCUCGCACGUGGGCAUCUUGCUCUUCUCCUGUGACAUGUGCGAGCAAAAGUUCGGCACGCAAUGCCAGCUGGCACAACAUCGGCGGAGCAACUCCUUUGAGACCAACAUCAUCGUGCAGCCCAACGCGACCAUCUCGGGGGACCUGAUAGCAGCCAGCGGUGGACCCCUCAAGGAGAUCCAGUGUGGCGCCUGCGCCAAGGCGGUCAGCAAAGACUUCCAGGUGAUCCGGGAGCACGUCCUCGAGCACCUGAACAUAAAGACCCUGAGCUGCCGCGUGUGUGAACGUCAACAGGCGACCCUGUGCAGUCUGAUGUGGCACUGCCUCAGCCACGUGGGCUUGGCCGUCUUCUCAUGCUCCAUCUGUGCUUGCAGCUUCGUGGACAAGGAUCUCCUGGAGAAACACCUGAUGCUGCACCGGGGGCGGGAGGAGAGCCGCGGCCUUCUGAAGUGCUUCCUGUGUCCUCAGGGCUUCCAUUCUCACUCUGCCUACCAGUACCACCUGAGCCUACACAGUAAGGACUUUGGUCCUGAGGGACCCCAGCGGGGGGUGGACAUCGGUCUCCUGCAGAAAAAGAGGAAGGUUGAGCACCUGCUGGACUCCUCGUCAUGCUCCUCUUCUCCACUGGACGGCUCGGGUGCCUCGCUGGUGCUGCCAUUGCAAGAUGGCUUGGGUGUGGCCGCCCUGAGGACUAAGUGGUAUCGCUGUAAGUUCUGUGGGAAGCGCUUUGCCCAUUCAGGCGAAUUUACUUACCACCUGCGCAUCCACACGGGUGAGAAGCCAUACCAGUGCAAGAUCUGCCUGCGCUUCUUCAGGGGCCGCUCCACCAUGAUCUGCCACCUCAAGACUCACUCGGGGGCGCUCAUGUACCGCUGCACCAUAUGCGGCCACUACUAUUCCACCCUCAAGCUCGUGACCAAUCACAUGGACCUGCAUAAAGAUGUCCUGCCGCCAGACUUCAACAUCGAGCAGACGUUCAUGUACAAUGACCACACCAAGGAGCCGGCACCCUGCCCCGAGAGCUGAGCGCCACCACGGGCGAGGGUGCUGCCCUAGGAAUACCUCAGCCAGGAGAGUCGCGGCAAGUCCCUUCUGUGCCAAACUGCCCAAAUUCGGGUGCCAGGCCACUGCCACUCAUCUAGAUGACAAAUGUUUUGAUUCUGAGCGCCCCUCACACAUCGCUGUGAUGGAAUGGAGCAUAAAAAGGCUGUCUGUCGCCUCGCAUUCUGGCCUGGGCUCAUCGUGGUAGGGGUGGGGUGGGUUAG